UUUCAUCAAGCACUCCUGGAACCGGCAUACAACUCGGGAGACAUAUAUAUUGAUCUGUUCAGUCCGAGUCCUAGAUCACCGACCAGGAUGAUGGCGGUAAAGCCGUCCCCGAAAGGGGCGCCAAAUAACCGCACCCGCCCAACCCAGUUCACAUCUCUCAUCGCCGUCAGCACCAAGUCCACCCUGUCAGCGAUCAGACGAGACAAACAUUUGCAAGAAUCCUUCCAUUCAAUCCGUGUUACACCCCGCCAUGUUCUAAUCAAAGACUACGAGCCGAACGUUUGUCAAUCUCGUACCAUCAAGCUUACCAACCUCACGCGGCGGGUCCAACGCAUCGCGAUCCAGCCGCCGACUACUGGCGCAUUUCGGGUGAAAGAAUUGGAGACUGGAUGGAUUCUGGUUGCCCCUGGGUUGGAUGUAAGCGUUGUCGUCGAGUUUUCUGCUGAAUGGGCUUCAAAGAAGAGUAGUGGAGCGGGGGAUGGUGUCGACGCCUUUGUGGAUCGACUACGCGUUGUUGUGGAAGAAGGUCAGGAUAUUGAUGUGAAAUUGGAGGCGUACCCUGCUGGACCGCACUUGGAAGCAGACGAAGAGGUAGAUUUUGGAACACUCAUUGCAAAAAAGGAGAUGGGGUUGGAGGAUGGGUGGAUUACGAGAUAUGUGGAAGUCAGGAACACUGGCAAAAGGAGGGCCCAAAUUUCGUGUACUUGGGAUUCAAAGAUACCAAUUCGGGUAACACCUUCCUCCAUUACACUGGCAGCACCACAGGAAGCUUUGGCUCAACCUCAGCCAGCAUCUCGAGUAACGACUGCCACACGUCCCCUCCUGUCAUCCUGCUCCCUCCGUAUCGACUUUUAUCCACACAUCGUGGGCAAAUUGCUUGAUACAGUCAAGAUCAAGCUUGACAGCGACGUUCCCAAACCCAAUUCGGAGCUUAAAGCAGAUACCGAGAUUGCAGUGAGAUUGAAGGCGACAGUAAUUGACCAUAAAUUGCGCUUCAGAAAUGCGGGAAACACUAUCACCUUGGAUCCUGGGAAUAUCGAUUUCGGGACGAUUUAUUACGCACAGAGUGCGGGUAUUCCCGUCAGAUUGGAGAAUCGCGGGCCAACCCCUGUACGGUGGGUCAUCACCCACACAGGGGAGAGCAAACCUAUGGUAUUCAGUCAAAUCCUUCUCGAAACUGCCAACACCAGCACGGACGAUACAGCAGCGGAUAAUGCGUCCGAGGAUGCCGACUUGCGCGCUUCAAUGUCAGUCUACCCAUCAGAAGGCACCUUAGAACCCUACCAAUCUGUUCCAAUAGAGUUCGCUUUCUCUCCUCGACUUCCUACCCCUUCCCGAGGGUUCAAAUCGUCACUCCAGUCGCCAUUACCUAGAGCAUACAAGGUUCCGAUGGAACUCAAGAUUGUGAAUUCUUCUGCACAUCCUUACGUUCGUGAAGGGGAGGAGAGUGUCCCGAUUACCUUGACAGGACGGGCUUGUCCUAUUCGGGCGGUACUCCAGCCACGUACAAUCGAGUUUGCGGCCACACCGCAGGGCCAGCAGAAUGUCACCGAAGCGGUACUGAGGAACAACGGAGAGAAUAUGAGUUUUCACUUCAGGUUUUUGUCCGUUGCGCACUUUCACGCGGUGCCAACCGUGGGCACUUUGCGACCUGGCGAAGAGGUCUUAGUGCGUGUCUCAUUCAAGCCAAAUCAGCUGGGUGAUUUUCAUUGUAGCAUGCCCUGCCUGAUCGAAUCUAUCGGCCCUCAUGCUCGUGAUUCUACGGAAGUGGGAUCAGUGGGAUUGGUGAGGCUUGAAGGGGACAAACUUGUGGAAAAGCUCGCAAUUACACUUCAUGGCGUCUGUGCAUCGAAAGUUUCUGUCGACUCUUACCUCGCCCGGUUUCGAGCACAACCAGAAAACCAAUUUCAUUCAAAAACAAAUAGCGGCAGUAAGGAUGAUGUCGAUGGCUUGCCUGAUCACGACACGGAGUUUGCAGAUUGGGGGACUGUCACAGGCCGUGGUACAAUGAGCAAGUUCUCAAGUUUGGAUUGCCUCUCUGAGCAGCCCUCACCACUAAAGACCAAUCCAGAGUGGGAGCAAAAAGUUGCACACCGAAAGCAUUACACCGACCAUUUACGUCAGUGUCGAGCAGAGAGAGUGAGACGGAUGAGGAUAUGCCGACUAGGAGAUGAUGGAGUAGCAAUUGAUCCGAAUAAGCUGAAUAGUACUGAAAACUACGGGAGUUUCGAUCGGGAAAAUGGACUUGUUGCCCCUGAACCGAUUGAUUGCCCGGACACCGAGAGUGACGAAGGUGAACUCCGCAAGUCGAACAACAAGAGAAGCUCACACCUGCGAUCCGACGACUCUCAACACACAAACAAUGAUCCUCGCAAACUCCGGGCACUGUUUCAAAAACUUUUAACACCAACCUCAACCAAAGCCAAAUCUGUCAGUCCGAUGCUUCCGCCGAGUACAGCAGCAGCAUCAACCUUUGACAUCCCACUCAGUGGCGCUGAUCUCGCCAACAUCUUCACGGCACAUUCCCUUAUUGAUUUUGGCAAUAUAACAACCCACUCUAUCAAUAUUACCCCACUCAAUUUCUUGAAUGCUACACCGGGCAGGCAUCCUAUUCACAUCUCCAUUCUAGACCUUGACGACCAACUCAGCAAUGACGAGUCGAAUGGUGUGGUAGUUAUGCCGCAGCAUUUGGUGAUUCCCCCAAUGAGUGUAGGAGGAUUUGAAGUACGAGUUUGCUCGCACGAACCGGGAAUCAUUGAAAAGAAAAUUACGUACUUGAUCAACGGGCGGUACAAGUAUUCUAUACCCGUGAAAGUAGAGGUCACUCCAGUUGCGCUGGAAUUGUCCACGGACACAGUCGAUAUUAACGUGGAGAUGCGUGAAACGACGGCAAUACCUAGUGCCUCAGCUGAGGUUAAAGUGAUCAAUAAAGGAAACUACGGAGCUGGUUUCCAAUGGAUUAUCCCAGAUAGUGAUCAGUCAGCGGAAUUUGAUGCGACUCGAAUGGAAGGGUGCUUUGCAGUAGAGCCGGCCUCAGGUUUCGUUGGUCCAGAAAGUAACAUGAAGGUCCGUAUUACCUACCUUCCUGGCGUGAGGCCCACCCGCGAAGAUACACUCCAACUGCAAGUAUUCCAUGAGUUUGAGGGGGAGAAGACAAUCACUCAAACUCUUAGUCUUCGUUGCAAAGGAAGCAUUCCACCAGCUACAUGUUCUCUGCUAACGUCCAUAAAGCAAGGACCUUUGAACUUGGGAAUACUGCCUGUGGGGUACGCAGAUAAUGCCGAAGGAGGUUUGCAACGUUGGAACGCAGUGUAUCCAACGAUUUUUAGCCUAUCACAACAAAGCGGGAGCACACCAGACACUCCUUGGGGAAAAGCCUCUAUCCGCAUCAAAAACACUUCAGGUCAUCCUGCUAUCUUCUCGGCUCGUAAGGAGCAGAUUGCAUCGGAAGUCAGCAUUGUACCAGCAUCCGGAAGUAUUGCUCCAUCUGGAACACUGGAAUUCACCCUCCAAGCUCUCCCUACCCACCCUGGGACAGUCGAAGACGUGAUCCUCAUUACCGUCAUAGGAAGCGGGCGCAUUAUUCGCCUACCGUUCAAGUACGAUGCCAGGAUUCCUGACGUGGAUGUUGAGUUCCAAGGCGGUGACAUGGGAAAAGGAACGAUCAUUGGUUCAACAGGGUUCAAGCGUAUGGCGCUGACCAACAAAGCUUCAGUUCCUGCGGGUGUAGUCGUUGACUUGACAAAUCAUCCAGAUUUCGAACUACGAAUUCGUGAUAACCUUGCUGCUUCUAGGAAGGCGUCUGCCCCAAGAGCUAGGACUACUUCUGGGCGGCAUCGUCGAGUAAGGGAGACGGAAAGCCCUACCAAGCAAGGGCAUUUGAUCAGAGCAUUGGGACCUUCGCAUCCUUUGUACGCUACUCUGGGAGCUCGUGAGGAUAUGCAUGGACGAUUAGAUGAGUCUCAAGGGAAGGGGCGGAUCUAUUUGGUGGAGGUGCCUCCGACGGAAACGAUUUCGGUUGACAUUUCAUUCCGACCCACGAUCGUGAAGAAGCACAGCUUUGAUCUCCCAAUAUAUAUCAUUGGCUCUGCACAAACGCCAACGACUCACGUCGAUGCGGAAGGCAUAGCUUCCCCUCUAGCUGUUUCCAAGUCCUCCAUCAAUUUCAAAAACCGCGUAGUCCACCGGGACCAAGGUCCCAAUUCCGUGUCGCACCUGCGCAUAGCCGCCAAAGAAACUAUCACCUUAACCAAUACUAGUAAACGGUCCAUGGAAUGGUGGUUUGAUCUCGAUUCACUGGACGAUAGCGAAAAGGUAUUCAAAAUUGAGCCAUGGAGAGGAAUUUUGGGACCUGGUGAAGCGCAUCCGGUCACAAUUUCAUUCUACCCGGAGACGACGGGACUGUUUGAAGCCGCGGUUCCUCUUCAUUUGGAUUAUUUGGGGCCCAAACCUUUACUAUCACUUCCUCUUCAAGGUACUGGAGUGGAACCUUCCUUGGCGUUCGAUCCUCCGGAGCUCUUCCUCCCGAUUGUUCCGCGCGCAACUGAAGCGAUGGCAGUUUUCUCUAUUAUCAACUACGGCUGCGAGCGAACAGAAGUUCGCGAGACAAUUCCUGAAGAACUACGCGGAAUGGUGGAACUCGUCUUCCCUGAAGGAAAAUUGCUAAAAAGUGAUGGAGAAAAGUUGACAAUCGUAGCGAAAUUCAUUUGUCAAGAAGGUCAACCGGCAACUUUUAUGGCGAAAUUCGAGUUUUCGAAUGAUGGGCGUCGUGCAUUUUAUUUGCCAGUUCAUGGAACGAGUGAUGGGUCAUUGUUGAGUUUGCAACCGUUUUUCUGGUUGAACAAGGAGGAAAAGAAACCUGUUGAGAACUUGACGGAAAAUCAAAAGAGAAAUCGAAUAUUGACCGGUCCCCGUCCUUUCAAAACACCCUGCGGGAUUCCCUUGGAAAGCGGACUAAACUUGCAAUCUGUUGAUAAGUUCUAUUCAGAUUUUGGUGAGACUCUUUUGAGAUGGCUCGAAGACCAUUUGGGUGCAAUGGAGCCAUGGCGAUCUUUUCCGGAGCAGCUGACAGCCUCCAACGGAAAAAUAUUGUCCGAUUUGGUUCAGUCGCUUUCGGGCAAGAAACCGCCAACGUCUCCUUCCUCUGCGACUCCGGGAGGAAGCUCACCGGAAGAAAGGACCAAAGCACUCUAUAAACAGUAUUGCGAUAUCUUAACCCACUUGACAAGUUUGGGGGCCCUUUUGAGUGCCGUCAAGCCAGAGUUUCUAAUGACAUUUGAAGACUACAAAAUGAUCAUACAAUGGAGGAUUGAGCAGAUGAAAACCGAUGUGGGCUCCUCCCUCCACGACGAGUAUCAUGAAUAUAACCGCAAACUCGAGCACCACUUUCCCCUUAUUUCUAAGGAAGCUUGGUGCACCUUAAUAGCCCAGGUGGUUCGGGUAUAUGUUACGCUUCUGGUUACGCCGCGGCACUUUCGAAGCUUGCCCGGGGUGGGAAAGGAUGAAGCUGAGAUGGUGUGGCAAGGGACACCAAAGGGAACCGAUUGUGAAGGGGUGUUGUUGAGAUGGGCUGCUUAUCACUUUUGGAAGUCGACCGGUACUCCCAAGGCUUUCAAAAACUUUACGACCGACUUCCAAAGCAUCCUGCCCUUCGCAUAUAUCAUCCAAAGCCAUCUACCCAACAUGUCUGUAACCCAUUUCUCGACCUUGCACCCAGAUCCAACAACAACCGAACAACUUCUCCAUAACGCCUCCCUGGUAGCUAACGCCCUCCUUGACCUCCUUCCCGGGUGCACGGCUAGCUGUAUGUCAGUUGAGCGUAUCUCCAAGGGACAAAGCAACGGAGUGGACGCCUUCCUCCUCACUUUGUUCUUAUACCAGAUUCUACCAAACUUUAUACCAAAAUCGCUUGUUGAGUUCCACGGAGCUCUCCAUGAGCAUAUCACAAGGGACAUUGAGCUCGUCAACCCGACCUUCCGCUCCCUAACCUAUGUCCCCGACUUGCAAGGGUCAGACGAGUUUUUAUUACGCGAUCUCACCAACGGGGCAAUAUCCAUUGGACCAAAGGGUACCGCUACACUUUCAAUUGAAUUUGUUUCAAAGUUCUUUCGAUCCGUGCAGGGAAGUUUGGUGCUAAGGAGUAGGAGGAUGGGAUUGAAUAGUGGCAGUGUUCUGGUGUUUGAAUUGAAGAGUGCCGUGAAAGAGGCGGCGCCGAAACGGGUUAUAAAGAUCGAUGGGGUCAUGUAUGGUGUUCCUCCCACAGUUGUGAAUGUAGAGGUUGUGAAUCCGCUGAAUGUAAAGGGGAGAUUUGCCAUUACGGUGAAACAGACCAAGGGUGCAUCACAACAGGCAAUUCCAUCUUCCUUCCGGACCAGUACCGACGAACUUGCUUUGGAAGCCCACCAACUGGCCACUAUUCAAAUAACGUUUCUUCCAUUCGAACUAGGCACCCAUGACUGUAUCCUCCAUUUUUUCGAUCCCAAUGCCGGAGAAUUUUCCUACCAAGUCAUUGGCCGGGGCCUGCCACCACCUCCUAUGGAAACCUUCCUGUGGACAAGUAAAGCUGGUGAUACAUUAGAAAAGGGUAUUCGAAUUGCACCUGUGAAUCAGGCAAAAGAAAAAGCUGUUCAGUUUCUUUUGGGGAGUCCCAAGACGAGAGCGCCAAAGGCGAAAGGCAGCAUAAAGGAGAGGGGAGAAGAAGGCAAAGAGGAAACAGCUGGUGUGGCAAGGCGGCCUAUAAGAUUUAAGGUGGAAUGCUCUUCUCCUUUCUUCCGCGGACCGAAUGAGAUAGUUGUGAAACCGGCCAUUGAUCCGUCAAAAGAGAAGAAACAUAUUGCCGCCCUUGAACAAAGUUAUACUGAGCUACCUAUAACCUUCAACCCGCGUGGUCCUGGAAAAUACUCAUGCCGAGUAACACUCACUUCUCUCGACAGCUCUGAUGUCCGCAUCUUUACUGUCAAUGGACUGGCAAUUUCCGAAGGGUCUCGAGCUGCCCUAGAGUUUUCCAUUCCAGCCCGACAAACUGUGUCACAGGAGAUUCCCAUUGUAAACAGAACGGACGAAGAUUGGACCAUCAAGGCUCAUAUCCAAGGACCAAAGACGUUUACUGGCCCGUACACCGUAACCGCUCGCGCACAUAGCACAACCCCGUACAGCAUAACGUUUGCACCUUCCAAGGCAGGGGAGUCGCAUGCGCUAUUGACCCUGUCAAAUCUUCAGACUGCUCAGAAACAUCUAUAUCAAUUGAGGGGCGUCGGCAUGGACCCGCUACCUGAAGAGCGGAGGGAAGUAGAGUGUCAGGCACGGGAUCUGGUAACUCAACGUUUCAAAGUUCACAACCCUCAUGACCAAGACGCCGAGUACGAUGUUACGACUGACAUACCAUACGCCAGCGGUCCUAAAAGUCUUCGAAUUGGAGCAGGGCAAGCUGUUGAAUACGAGCUCACAAUUGCAGCAAGAUGUUCUGGGAAAUUUGUGUCAAACAUUACGUUUACAAAUAGGGUUGAUAAGAGUUUUGUUUGGUAUAUAGUUUCGCUUCAAAUUCAGGCGCCACCGCCGGAAGGCACGCUGCGAGUCUCCACUACGGUGCGCCAGCCAGUUCAAGUAGAGAUUCCGCUAAUAAAUCCCUUGGAUCAUCCGAUUACCUAUACCGCCGAGAUAACGGGCACCGGACUCGUCGGAGAUGAGAAUGUCACUAUUGGGUCCAACGAAGAAUUAUCGUACAGCCUUUCCUUUGAGCCAAUGCUUCGCAUGAAAGCACCGGGUACCAUAAAGUUCUUUAAUGAGGAGAUUGGGGAAUUUUGGUAUCAGCUCAAGUUGGAGGCAGAGGAAGCUCCCCCAGUUGAGUUGCCGGAGAUGUCAUGUGCGUUGGGAAAAUGCUGUUUCCAACUACUCCCUCUUGUCAACCCCCUUAACCGACCCAUUAUUCUCGCCAUCUCCCUUUCCAACACUCGCGAUUUUGCGCUCCACCACCCGCCGAUCGAUCUUGGUGGUAUAACCCGUGGCGAGGCGGCAUCUCGGAUGUCCCAAGGUCGCUCGUCCCUGAAUGUUUCUUUGGGGCCUCUGGAAGCGACGGAAAUUCAGUUGGUAUUUUGGCCUAGUUCGCUGACAGAGAAGAGAAAGGGUAGUGUGGAAAUUGUCAGUCUUGACGUUGGGAAUUUUGUGUUUUGGGUUGAGGGACGAGGUCACCUCCCUACCUCGUACGAUCCAACAUUUAUCACCUCCUUCCUGCAUGAACCCACAACCUCGUCCAUCACGUUCACAAAUCCCCUAGUAGAUCCAAUACCUGUCUCAAUAACCCUAGACCAAGACGCUGAAACGCCAGAUUUCUCUCUCAUACAUCGGCAAAAGCGAGUUCACGUGGGCGGAAUGGAGGAUUUAGAUAUUCCUUUUGUGUACAAGCCGGAGAAGAUGUUGGGUAAGGAGAUGAAAAUUAUAGUUGCGAUGGAAGGAACAGGAGGGUUAAAGUGGGUUUUCCCUGUAAAGGGAAUUCCGGAGCGCACAAUUUCCCUCACACCUUACACAUUCGAAACCCGCACCCGAGAAGCCAUCACCAAGGACAUUGACCUAACUCUCAAAGACUUUAUACCCAUUCAUGCGCCCUCCCCAAUGGACUUUACUUACGCCUUCGAAGAAACACCAAACCCACUUUUAGCACCAACCGAUAAAUCUCUCGAAUCUGAUGCAAGGGAGUCAUUGAACAUGAGAUUGGAGGAUGUUAAGAUGGGCGAAGGAGAGACCAUCGUAAAAUUCAAGGCGAUUUACACACCUUCUCGACCUUUCACGCACUCUUUACACCUGUGCUUGAAGCAUACACCGUCGUCUUCAUUCUGGAGAUUACCUCUACGACUGAUAUCCCAUCCACCGUCUCUAGACGAUACUAUUACAAUUGAAGGGACACUCAACAAGCUGUCCUGCGUUUCUUUCCGAAUUACGAGUAAGGCGAAUCGAGACAGACAUUUCAAAGCUUACUUUGUGGAACAAGAUAAGGGAUUCGUUGUGUUACCGCAAGCGGGCGUGUUGGUACCCGAGGAACGGAUGGGAGAAAAGGAUAAUUCGUUGGUGGUAGGAUACAGAGCUAGAGAGUACGGCAAGACGGUCGUCGGAGUUUUGGUUGUUGAGUGCGAGGACGUAUCCUGGACGUUUGAAAUCCGUGGAAUAACCCCGGGUACUCCGCCCACCCACACGACCUCCCGCGCCAGCUCUUCGCGAACAACGUCCACACAUCCGCGAAAGAGAAAUCCGCCAUUUGCACCAAGGCGAAAUUUCAUUCGUGAGAAUUCCUUAAAUCCGGUCGUUAUGCAGGCUUCUGGGGGAUAAGCGCGGUUGGCAUCUAUGGGUAGCCAUACCAUUCUAUGUACAUUGUUGGUGAAAAAAGGCGGUUGCUUCAAAGCCUGGUUAAAUAAACAAAUGCUAGAUUACUGA